CAGCGGCCUCGGGAGGGUUGCAGCCGUGGCGGUUUCUGCUGCCGCUCUCGCCUUCCCUCCGCUUCCCGUCCUGGCCGAGGCCGAAGCUCUUUGGCACCACUGAAGAUGAGUCCCCCCGCAGCUCUGCGCGCUUCCUGCAGUGGCCGACCGAGCCCAUUCAUCUAGCGACUGGUCUCUCUUGCAAUUAUGGAGAUCUAAAAACUAGAUCGUGCGGAGGGGGAAAUCCCCCUUCCCCCUCCUUCAUUUGCCUUCUGGAUUCUCCCCUCCCCCUGGACAAUAAUAUAAUGUUUUGUAGAUAAAGAAAUGAAGACUUGAAAUAUAAAUUUAUAUUGUUGAAAGUAUUUAUUUUUUUAAAUGCCACGCCUUAACAGCACAAUGAUUCCCAUGGCAGCUGUCUAAAAUCAGAUUACAUACCUGGAAACCAUGGACUAUAUGUGAAGCAGUAGCAGAAGCGGAGGACCCCCAUAGUGUACGUACAGGGGCUUCUUUUAUAGAGGCAGCAGCAUAGGAAACAAGUAAGAUGAAUCCUUUGAUGCCUGACUGCACUUUGAAAUGUCGAUCCUUGCAGCAUGCUUUAGAUAUUAUUUCUGUGGUGACACAAGGACGUGAAGGCCAGAUCAAGGCCUUCCUCACUUCUCACUGUUACAAUGCAGCAACGUGCAAGGAUGUCUUUGGCCGGAAUGCUCUCCAUCUUGCCUCAUCCUGUGGUAAGAAAGGAGUGCUGGAGUGGCUGGCAGAAACAAAUGGAGUGGAUCUGUUGGCAAAGGACAAGGAGUCGGGGUGGACUGCUUUGCAUCGAGGCAUCUUCUAUGGGCAUAUAGAUUGUGCAUGGUCACUAAUGAAGCAUGGUGUGAGCUUAUACAUACAGGAUAAAGAAGGCUUAUCUGCUUUGGAUCUUGUAAUGAAGGACAGACCCAGUUAUGUUACUUUCAAGAAUACUGAUCCUACAGAUGUCUACACUUGGGGAAACAAUAUAAAUUUUACUUUGGGGCAUGGUGGUCAACAGAGCAAACAUCAUCCUGAGUUGGUGGAUCACUUUCCUAGGAAUAGUAUUUAUGUCAAACAGGUGGUGCUCUGUAAAUUUCACUCUGUGUUCCUGUCCCAGAAAGGACACAUUUAUACCUGUGGACAUGGUCAAGGAGGCCGCUUGGGUCAUGGUGAUGAACAGACUUGCUUGAUCCCUAGACUGGUGGAAAGCCUAAUGGUUCAUCAGUGCUCUCAAGUGGCUGCUGCUAAAGAUCAUACUGUUGUGUUAACAGAAGAUGGAUGUGUGUACACCUUUGGCCUGAAUACCUUUCAUCAGCUGGGUAUUCUUCCUCCUCCCCCUAAUUGCAGUGUUCCCAGACAGGUUCAAGCAAAAAAUCUCAAAGGAAGAAUGGUGACUGGUGUAGCUGCAGGCAGGUUCCAUACAGUGCUAUGGACAAAUGAAGCAGUGUAUACAGUGGGACUGAAUGGUGGACAGCUAGGACACUUGUUAGAUCCUAAUGGAGAAAAGUGCAUUACUUCUCCUCGCCAAGUCUCUGCUCUGUAUCAUAAAGAUAUUACAGUAUCCUUUGUUACUGCAAGUGAUGGUGCCACAGUUUGCGUUACUGAAAGAGGAGAUAUCUAUUUGCUCACUGACUAUCAGUGCAAGAAGAUAGCUUCCAAGCAACUAAACCUAAAAAAGGUUCUUGUUAGUGGAGGAUAUUUGGAAUACCGAGUUAAUCCUCAACAUCUUAAAGAAAAUGAAGGUCAGCGGAUCUGUAUUCUUGCCUUGGAUGAAGCUGGAAGAGUGUUUUGCUGGAAAUCUGCCAACAGUCCUAUGAAGCAAUGCCGAUGGGUCUACGGCCGCCAAGUCUGCAUAUCUGAUAUUUCUCUAAAUAAGAAUGAAUUGAUGUUUGUUACGCAGGAUGGUGAAGCUUUCAAAGGAAAGUGGUUGGAUGGGAAUAAAAAUUCACAAAAGAAAGAGAUUGUGUCAAAUCUUCAGAAUUCCACCCAUAAUGUGGCCCCUAACGAUACAAACAGCGCGUGUGAACGAAUACAACUUGAGAAGCUCGCUUUUGUUCAUAGAGCUGUCAGUAUUACCACAGAUCCAAAUGGAUGCAACUUUGCUGUUUUACAGUCAGAUCCUAAAACAAGUCUCUACGAAAUUCCAAGUGUGUCACUGUCUAACUUUGCUGAGGAUUUUGGCAAAUUACUUGGGGAAGCAGAAGUUAUGGACACUAUCCAUGAUGUGACUUUUCAAGUUGGCACCAGGAUUUUUCCUGUGCACAAGUAUAUUUUGGCGAUGCGCUCUGAUUUUUUUAGGAAGCUCUUUGUUUCAGACCACGAUUGGCUAGAUCCUCCCGAUCUUUACCGUAAAGAUGAAGAUGAUGUUGGUUGUGAUCUGUUUGUGAUAGAAAGACUUCACCCAGACUUGUUCAUGUACCUUCUGCAGUACAUUUACACAGACUCGUGUGAUCUCUUGAUUCAUGGUUGCAAACCCAAAAUGAUAUACAAGGAAAAAAUGGAAGAACUUCAAGACAGCUUAAUUUCAAACUUUAAUAAAAUAACCAUUCGUGAAGAUAUUAAUAAGAAGUCUGCAUUUGAGGUUUACAGAAGUAAUCAGGCACAGCUUGUAAAUGAAACCCAGAAAAGCAAACUAAAAUCAGCUUCUAAGAAAUGCAAAGUUGCUGGAGAAGAAAUGAAUCUCAUUAAAAUGUUACAAGCUGCUGCAAAGAAGUUUGGACUGAGCAGCUUAAAUUCAAGAUUAGAUGGAGUCAGAAUAGAAAAUGGGAAAAUCAAUGUUGUUAACAGAAAACAUGGAAACAGACCAAAGCUGAACCAGAAAAAACUCUCAUACCUCUGUGAUGUGACCAUGAAGUCUAUAGAUGGAAAGGAGUUCCCAUGUCACAAAUGCAUACUCUGUGCAAGACUUGACUACUUCCAUAGCAUGCUUAGUAGCUCCUGGAUUGAGGCAUCACGUUGUGCAGCGCUGGAAAUGCCAUUCCCUUCUGACAUCCUGCAGGUCAUCCUUGAUUAUAUAUAUACUGAUGAAGCUAUUGCAGUAAAAGAUUCUCAGAAUGUGGAAUUUAUCUGCAAUGUCCUUGUGGUAGCAGACCAGCUCCUCAUAUUACGACUGAAAGAAAUAUGUGAAGUAGCCAUUACAGAAAAACUUACUUUAAAGAAUGCUGCUGAGCUUCUGGAGUUUGCAGCAAUGUGUAAUGCUGAACAAUUGAAACAGUCUUGCUUGCAGUUCAUAGUGCUAAAUAUGGCAGCUGUACUUGAAACAAGGGCUUUGGAUGUUUUAAGUGAUGAUGUUUUGAAGGACCUUUCUGUGUCUUAUAGAAAAAUGAUUCCAGCUAUGGUCAGGAGAGUAAUUACUCCAUAUCAAGAUGGCCCAGAUAUCAGUUCAUUGGAGCCUGAGGAAGGAGAAACCUUUGUGUUCCUAAAAGAAGAACUAUGUACAGAGCAAGCUACUCAGGAAGCUCUCCUCAAAAAGGCAAAAGCUAAAGCUAAAAAGAAGCCUCGAAAACGGUCAGACAGCUCCGGAGGAUAUAAUUUAUCGGAUAUAAUUCAGAGUCCACCCUCCACAGGGCUUCUGAAACUGGAUAAAACUAACUCUGUUGAAUCCCUUCCUGAAAUGCUGACCUCUGAUUCUGAAAGUAGCUAUGUGGGAGUGAAUAGUCCCCGAGAUUUGCAGUCUCCUGACUUCACAGUAGAAUUCCAUACAGAUAAGGUGGAGGUGAAAGAAAGGAUAUGUGUUUCCAGUGCAGUUGUUGCACAUGCCAAUAAAGAGGUAAAAGCCAGUGAAGAAACAUUACUGCAAAAAAAAUCACCACCACGCUGCAUUCCUAAUAACAGAAACACCUCUGCAGGCUCCUCCAAUUGGGUUGUCAGCUCUUUUAGUCCUGCCAGUCCUCCUGCUAUGGAUUUAAGAACUAUUAUGGAGAUCGAAGAAAACAUGCAAAAAUGUGGAACCAUGCCAAAGAUGAAUUCAGGCCGACCUGCUUCACAUGGGAAUAAGCUUUCUCAGAAGCAAAGGAAGUUGAUUGCCAUGGCUGCUAAGGAUGGCAGCCCAGAGAUCAUGCCAGAUGCAGCCUUGUUACCUACACCUCGAAAAGCUACAAAGCCAGGGAAUGUGUGGGCUACUUCAAUGCAUUCUGCAUUGCCAAAAUCAUUCCGUGAUCUCCUAGUCAAGGAAGAAAAGUCUUUCGGAGUAGGUACUAGUUCCAGAAAAGACUGGGUUAAAGAACUUGAGGAUACACAAACUGCAAAGUCUAUAAGACUCACCAAUGAUCUUGAGGCAGAAAAUGACCCUUCUUGUGAACCAGUACAUUCAGAGAGUCAAAAUCCUUGGUUAGCAACAUCCUCGCCAGGUCUUGCUGCUGCAACAUCCAUCACAUUUGCAGAGAUUGUAGAGGAAGAGCUCCAGCAAGAAGCUGCUCUUAUCCGUACUAGAGAGAAACCUUUAGCCUUGAUCCAGAUAGAAGAACGUGCUAUUCAGGAUCUGUUAAUUCACUAUCAAGCGUCCAGCAACCCGGAUGAGUUUGUUGUUGUUGAAAGAUCUCCACAGGGGCCAAUAGCAGCUCCUAUGUGGAACAAGCAUUGAUGAAGAAAGCUCCUUAUGGAUUUGGAGAAGAUAUGGGGACUGCAUGAAUCUGGGAUUGAUUACAUGGUUGUUCUUGAAUAAGAACGAAGGCAGUUAUGUGUCCAUUUCUUUUCAACCCAUUGCCUGCUAUGCGUUUUCCCUACCAAACUGAUUACUAGGCUGUGCCGCUUCUAUAGGAUGCCAUUUUAAUUUGGAGUUGAAAACUACUAAGCUGAUCUAUGAUACUUCUCCCUCCCUUCCACCCACCUGCCAAUUAGCAAAAAGUGUAAUAGUGGUGUUGCUUUCCAGUUACCAAAGACUGAAUUAUCACAACCAUGCAUACGUUUUGAAUUAAUGGGAUUGUGUGGUCAUCUCAAAUGUUCAUUUUCCUAAGAUUGUACCCAGUUUUUGUGUAGUAACAAAAAGCUCUGUCUACUGAAGUAAUGGUAUCAAGGUUCUAUUAUGCUUGUGUGAAUGUGGAUGCCCCCCUGCCCUGCUUUCUGAAAAGUACUCCUAGCCAUCAUGCCUUAUACAAUGGGUGAGACUGUGCUGCAGUGAUGAUCUUGUACUGCCCUGGGUAUGGUUUCCAUUAAUGUAAGGGGAGUCCAAACUACAAUCGAAGCUCUUAAAAUAAGAAAUAGGAAGUGACAGCCCUUUUUUGAUUGAAAAGUGGCAAAAUGGAGAUGAGGUAAGCAGCAGCAUGCUGAACUACAACACAUUUCAGGAAAAAGCAUUGAAACUACAGAAAUGAGUACAUUUUGAUAAUUCUGCAUUUGUAACAAGUAUUGAUACCUUUUUGAGUACUGUGUAUUCAAAAUUCUCUGAUCGAGGGUAGCUUUUUGUUGUUGGAAGACUUUAAAAGAUUGUUAGUUCUAGUAAAUAACAUGUUAUUGGUAUUUUUUGGUGGUUGUUGUUCAAGGAUGGGGGGUUGGUUUGGUAGCUUGUGGUUGGAUUUACUAGUUAUUACAAUAAUCUCAGCAUUUAUUGGUUUUGGAUAAACUGGAGCUACAGUGAUUUACCCGAGUGAGCAUUCAUACCAUUAUGAGAGAAUGAUUCAUGUCUGUUAUCUAAUGUAGUUGCAGCUCACUGUUUUGGAUUAAAUGCCAAGAAUAACUGUGUGGAAAAGCAAACUGCAAUAAAGAACAAAAUGGAUCAGCACAAGGUACUACAGGA